AUGCCGCUCGCAUUUACCUAUCACGCCAAGGCCCAGUCCACGUUUAAGCCCCCGCUUAUUGCCAACGAGAAUGCGUACUUGGGCGACAUCUGUUCCAAUCACAAGGAAGUCCCCGACAAGCCCCUCUCGUGUGGGUUUUACCGGCUAGAGAAGGGUACUCCGCUCGUGUACACUUAUACCUACGAGGAGAUGAAGAUUAUUCUGGAAGGACAGUUUGAAAUUUCCGAUGAGACAGGUCAAAAAGUGAUUGCUGGUCCUGGGGAUGUAUUCCAUUUCCCCAAGGGUUCUACAAUUACCUUUACGACCCCGGAUUAUGGACUGGCAUUUUAUACGGGUCAACGCGCCGAGGGAGCAGCAUGA